AUGGAUCCCAUGUUCACCACAACUGAUUUACAAUUGCCAAGCAAUUGGACCAACUCAUCAGGGGACAAUGGAACUGAUCAGGACUGGAACCAGUUUGUGCAACCAGUUUGGAGAAUUGUUCUAUGGGCAUUCGCCUACAGUUGCAUGGUUACUGUGUCUCUGGUGGGGAACGUCGUUGUAAUAUGGAUCAUUAUGGCGCACAAACGAAUGAGAACUGUGACCAACUAUUUUCUGUUGAACCUCGCGUUUGCUGAAGCGUCUAUGUCUGCCUUCAACACCGUUAUCAACUUCAUCUAUUCAGUGCACAACGAGUGGUACUUCGGGCUGAUGUACUGCCGCUUUCACAACUUCUUCCCCGUCGCUGCUGUCUUCGCUAGUAUCUACUCUAUGACUGCGAUAGCGGUGGACAGGUGAGUUCAGUUAGGGGAGACAUUUCAAUGCGUAGCUUCUUCUGUUUCACACUGAUCUAACACGUAAAUUUAGUCCAAGUGCUAAAUGUAUGUUUAUGGUCACAAUAAGUCAAACAGAACAAUAAUGCACUUUAAUAAUAAUCACGCACUUGAAUCCUGUCACCAAGUUAUUAGUAGCCUAAUAACUAAAUGAUGUUAUAGCAUAUUAGGAUUAAGAUAAUAACAUUUCUACAUAAACUACCAGUCAAAAGUUUGGACACAGCUACUCAUUCAAGGGUUUUUCUUAAUUUUUUACUAUUUUUUACAUUGUAGAAUAAUAGUGAAGACAUCAAAACUAUGAAAUAACACAUAUGGAAUCAUGUAGUAACCAAAAAAGUGUUAAACAAAUCAAAAUAUAUUUUAUAUUUGAGAUUCUUCAAAUAGCCACCCAAAUAGCCACCCUUUGCCUUGAUGACAGCUUUGCACACUCUUGGCAUUCUAUCAACCAGCUUCAUGAGGUAGUCACCUCAUGGACAAUGACCCAACACACCUCCAGGCUGUGUAAGGGCUAUUUGACCAAGAAGGAGCGUGAUGGAGUGCUGCAUCAGAUCCCCCGACCUCAACCCAAUUGAGAUGGUUUGGGAUGAGUCGGACGGCAGAGUGAAGGAAAAGCAGCCAACAAGUGCUCAGCAUAUGUGGGAACUCCUUCAAGACUGUUGGAAAAGCAUUCCAGGUGAAGCUGGUUGAGAGAAUGCCAAGAGUGUGCAAAGCUGUCAUCAAGGCAAAGAGUUGCUAUUUGAAGAAUCUCAAAUACAAAAUACAUUUUGAUUUGUUUAACACUUUUUGGGUUACUACAUGAUUCCAUAUGUGUUAUUUCAUAGUUUUGAUGUCUUCACUGUUAUUCUGUAGAAAAUGUAGAAAAUAGUACAAAUAAAGAAAAACCCUUGAAUGAAUAACUGUGUCCAAACUUUUGACUGGUACUGUAGGUUACAUAGACAUGUUAUAUAGCAAAACAUUUAUUAAUUCAAAAAAAUUGGUUCUGGAGUGAUGCUACUGCCACUGCUACUACUUCCAUCAUCAAAUCGAUCAAACCAACCAAUCAAUAUAUAUUUCAUUUGUGCACUGCAAUUCAAAAGGUUAUUUAGGGUAUGUCAAUCAGCAACUUCUAUAGAUAAUUUAAAUUAAUAAUAAUGUAUGUAGUAGAUGUGACUUAUGUAUGUGUUCAUGUUAUGUAUUGAUGUGAGGUGUUAGUUACUAUAUACACAAUACGUGUAUAUAGUAGGUCUGUAGCUGAUCUGUUCAGAGACACGUUCACAUAACACACACUGGGUGCUGUAUAUAUAUAUAUAUAUAUAUAUAUAUAUAUAUAUAUAUAUAUAUAUAUAUAUAUAUAUGUCUUCGGACAGGCAUAUAAACACUCUCUAUCAAUCAGCAUUUCAUCUCUCUGCACCCAGCCAAUCAACACCGGGCAAACCUGUAUGUGCUUGACUGACCUUGCAGCUUAACUGACCAAUAGAAUAGUCCCAAAACUGUAAACCCCAUACAUUUGGUACUCCAGACAGGCUAUAGCAAACGUUUUGUUUCAAGUUUCAAGUUUUAUUGUCACGUGCACGAGUACAGUGAAAUGCUUUUCUUGCAAGCUCUUUUCCCAACAAUACAGUAGUCAAUAUCAAUAUAUAGUACUAUAAAAUAAAGUAAAGUAGAACAAAAAACACAAGAAAUAGAAAUAAAAAGAACACGAGAAGUAAGUAAGCUAUAUACAGAGUCAGUUUGUCACGUUGUAUAAUGAUUAGAAGACAGGCGCAGGAAUACGUAUUAGGGGUUUUAUUACUCCACCCAACACAAACAUAUAUAUAUAUGCAAAAGGGAUGUAACCCAAACAAAGAGCGAGGUGUAACCUCUACACAGUACACGGGACGAGACCCGUAAACAACCGGAGCACAAUACACAGUACUCACGAGACCAACGGACAUGGGACAAUAAUCGACAAGGACAAUGGGGAACAGAGGGCACAUAUGAACACAUACUAAUCAGGGGGAAUGGGAACCAGGUGUGUGUAAUGAGACAAGACAGUCCGGGGUUGGUGGUAAUGAUCCAGGUCAGUGACGCCUAGAAAGCCGGUGACGUAGACCUCUGGAACUGGUGAACAGAAUGAGCAGCAGUACCGGGGGGAUCCGUGACACAGUUCCAAUACCAUAUUUAAAUUGUGCAGAAAUACUAAAGUGGUAGGGGUUGAUAUGUAUAAGGGUAAGGUGACUAGGCAUCAGGAGUAGCGUAUAUGAUGCUUGUAUGUGAGUGUGUGUGCGUGCGUGUGUGUAGAGUCAAAUUAAAUCAAAUGUUAUUCGUCACAUGCUUCGUAAACAACAGGUGUGGACUAACAGUGAAAUGCUUACUUACUGGUCCUUCCCAACAAUGCAGCGAGAAAGAAUUUAAAAAAAAAUAAUAGAAAAGUAAAACACGUAAUAAUACAAGUAAUAAUAGAUACACAAUAAGUAAAGAUAACUUGUCUAUAUACAAAGGGUACCACUACCGAGUUGAUUUGCAGGGGUAUGAGGUAAUUGAGGUAGAAAUGUACAUAUAACUAGGAAUAAAGUGACAGAUAGUAAACAGUAGCAGCAGCAUAUGUGAUGAGUCAAAAAGGGUCAAUGCAGAUAAUCCGGGUAGCUAUUUGGUUAACUAUUUAACUAGCUAUUUAGCAGUCUAAUGGCUUGGGGGUAGAAGCUGUUCAGGAUCCUGUUGGUUCCAGACUUUGUGCAUCGGUACCGCUUGCCGUGCAGUAGCAGAAAGAACAGUCUAUGACUUGGGUAGCUGGAGACACCACCUUGUAUAGAGAUCCUGGAUGUCACGGAGCUCAGCCCCAGUGAUGUAAUGGGCCAUACGCACUACCCUCUGUUGCGCCUUGCGGUCAGAUGCCAAGCAGUUGCCGUACUAAGUGGUGAUGCAGCCAGUCAUGAUGCUCUCAACGGUGCAGCUGUGUAGCUUUAGAGGAUCUGAGGGCCCAUGCCACAUUUUUUCAGCCUCUUGAGGGGAAAGAGGCGUUGUCGUGCCUUGGUCUUACGGAUGUUGAGGGAGAGGUUGUCCUGGCACCACACUUCCAGAUCACUGACCUCCUCCCUGUAGGCUGUCUCAUCGUCGCUGGUGAUCAGUCCUACCACCGUUGUGUCGUCAGCAAACUUGAUGUUGGAGUCGUGCGUGGCCACACAGUCGUGGUUGAACAGGGAAUAUGGAGGGGACUAAGCACACACCCCUGUGGGGCGUCUGUGUUGAGGGUCAGCGUGGCGGAGGUGAUGUUGCCUACCCUCACCACCCGUCAGGAAGUCCAGGAUCCAGUUGCAGAGAGAGGUGUUCAGUCCCAGGGUCCCAAGCUUGGUGACAAGCUUGGAGGGGACUAUGGUGUUGAACACUGAGCUGUAGUCAAUGAACAGCAUUCUCACAUAGGUAUUCCUCUUAUCUAGGUGGGUGAAGGCAGUGUGGAGUGCAAUUGAGAUUGCAUCAUCUAUGGAUAUGUUGGGGCAGUAGGCAAAUUGUAGUGGUUCUAGUGUGUCUGGGAUUAUGGAGGUAAUGUGUGCCAUAAAUUCAAAGCACUUGGGAAUAGGAAGGAUGGUGGUCAGUUUGAGACGUGUGGAUUAGAGACUGAGACAAGGAGAGGUUGAAAAUGAUGCCUGCGCAUCCUCUGAGAACAUGCCCUGGAAUACUGUCCGGCUCCGCGGCCUUGCGAGUGUUGACCUGCUUAAAAACCAUACUCACGUUGGCCUCAGAGAGCGAGAUCACCCUGUCAAAGUGUGCAUAAAAUACAUUGAGUUGGUCUGGUAGAGAGGCAUCGUUGGGCAGGUCAUGGCUGGGUCUUCCUUUCUAAUCCGUAAUGGAGUGUUGCCCCUGCCACAUGUGGCGGGUGGCAGAGCCUAUGUAAUAGGAUUCCACCUUGUUCUUUCAUUGUCCUUUAGCUUGUUUGAUGGCUCUGGGGAGGUCGUAGUGGGACUUCUUGUACUUAUUCUUGUCCUCAGCCGUAGCCUCGAGGUUGGCUGUGAUAACCCUGUGUGUGGUAGCUCUCUCCUUUAGCUUAGCUUCAACUUCUGUGUUAAUCCAGGGCUUUUGAUUGGGGAAGCAGCGAACCUUCACUGUUGGGACAACGUUGGCAAUGCAGUUCCUAAUGAAGCUGGUGACGGAGAUGGUUAGCUCGUUGAUGCGCUAGCAAAGCAGUCCUGUAGCAUAGCCUCCGAUUCGGAGGACCAUUUCUCAACGGAGCGCAUCAUGGGUACUUCCUGUUUGAGCUACUGCUUGUAGACAGGAAUCAGGAGAAUAUAGUCAUGAUCUGAUUUGCCGAAGGGGGGACAAGGGAGGGCCUUAUAUGCUUUCUUAUGGGUAGUGUAACAGUGGUCUCAGACUUUAUCACCCCUUGUGGCGAAGGAGACGUGUUGAUGGAAGUUGGGCAUCACGUGUCUUAAUGACACCGGUAACAAGAAAAGCAGACUUCGGGUGCAUCAUUUCCUGCUUGUUUAUAGACUCAUACAGAUCGUUAAGUGCCAGCUUGUUGUUAUUUUUGUCCUGACGUGGAAUGUAUAAAACAGUCACAAUAACAGCAGAAAACAAUCUUGAGAUGUAGAAGGGUCGGCAUUUGACCAUCAGGUAUACCAAGACGGGUGAACAAUGGGUCGAGACAUCCACUGCGUUAGAUUCGGCACACCAUUUGCUGUUGAUGAAAAGGCAUACCCCUCCCCCUCUCGAUUUCCCUGAAUCCAAUGUCCUGUCUGCUUGGUGAACGGAAAAUCAAUCGAGUUGGAUAGCCAUCGGGGGUAUCUUGUCCAAAAGCCAUGUUUCAUAUUUACUUUUUGAAAUAAGUAUUUGAACCCAGGUCUGCCACCAGGGCCCAUCUCCUCCCAUCUGUUGAUGGGGAUAUUAUGCAAGGGUGAAGGUCAGCAAUUGUGUUGGCACCUCUGCAGAAAGACUCCAUACCAUGGGGAGCUCUCCAUGAGACGAGAGCACCCUGACGGGAGAAUCUUCCUUUUACUUUAUUGCAUUAUUCAUCAUAUUGUAGGGGGCUUUGAUGGUUUAGAUGUUAUUGCCGGAUCAUUGGAUUUGUGCCUCUCUAAUUAAUUCAUACCAUCUUCCAGUGUUGUCUACUAUUGUUCACAACAAAGCCAGGAAUAACAGAGAAAGAAAGUGAGGUGCGAAACAGCUGUGACAGAAAUUGAGACAAAGAGCGAGGCUGCAGACACUCUGGGGCAAAUAGUAGCUACAGAAAACAGAUCGAAUUUCCUGUUGGAAAAUAACAAAAGGAUUCCCAAAACAGUGAUUCCAUGGUGUAGUAGGGGUAUGAAAAUACAAAUAAAGACAGUGGUUGUGUGUUUGUUGUUUGUUCAUGUGGACAUACAGUAUGUAAAUAUAUGCAUUUGUAUUACAUUGGUGAAAAGCAAACAAGCUGGUAUCAGUCACCAGUAUUUAACCCACACUAGCCUCAUAAACCAGGCCUCUAUAGAUCCUACUGUAUAUACUGUAGGCCUCUCCAAGUAUUGUUGUCAGACACACCACUAAACUAAACUCAUACCAUGGAGAAGCAGCAUUGCAAGUCUCAAUUGAAACAAGAUACAAGUUUCCUAGCCGUGUAGUAAUGGAACAAGCCUAGGAUAGCAGAUAGUCAAAAUGUUGCAGAUAGUUGUGUUGGACUACAGGGAGUGUUUUGAAAUCAAAUAUAUUCUCUUCCCCCAGUUGGUUAUUGGCAGAAAGUCCAAUUAGCAGAUUAAAUGGGGCUAUUAGGUGGAUUAAGAUGUUGAUUAGAUCUCCCAGUAUAACCCCUAGAGUAUAAGCCUCUAGAUAGCAAUAUCUACUAAGCUAACAGAUGGAAAUUGUUUUGAGAUGGUCAUACCAUAGACCAUCUAGCUAGUUGAUUUAGAAUUUUAGGACCCCUGUAGGUAUCAGCAAAAAAUCCGUUUUUUAUUAUUGAUGAAACAUUGAAUUAGGCCUUACUGCUAUUAGCCCAUAGAAACGCAUUGAAUAACACAUUCAUACAGAGAGCUUAUGUGAAAGAGCACAGUUAGAAAGAUAUGGCAUAUAGAAGCAAACCGGAUGGACAUCAUAAAUGCAUAUUGUAUGUAUAAGCUGGAAGUAGAAGCCUAAGCAUUGUUGUUCACUAGUUUACUCCAAUUAGGGAAUGGGUGGUGGGGUUGGAAAGUACUAAAGGGAAAUAUAUAUUUUUUAAAUGAUAUGUAUGUGUAUAUAUGGGGGAUUGGAAGUGAUGCAGACAAUUACAUUGACGGAAGUUACAAUCUAUCUGCAAUAUUAAAGCUGAUCUAACCAAAACAAACAUUCAUACAUGGCAAAAACAGACAUGGCAAAACCGGUCUCUGACAUUGCUCAUUCUGAUAUUUCUUAAUUUUUCUGGAUUAUGUGUGUAUUGUUUUUAUUAUUAAUAUUGCUAGGUAUUACUGUACUGCUAGAAACACAAGCAUUUGCUGCACCUGUGAUAAUAUCUGCAAAUCUGUGUACGCGACCAAUAAACGUUAAUUUGAUUGGAUUUAAAAUAGUCCAGAAAUAAAUCAAUAGGAAGUAUGUUUUGAAGUAUGUUUCCUGUAUUUUAGAGAUAUGGGAAAGCUCAGGGACAUUUUUUGUUGUUGAAAGACCCUAUUCACUUCCAGUCACUGGAUGACCUUCGGACCAGUACUGUGAGGCUUGUGUCUCUGCUUUUCAGAACUGGGUCCAACUCGUUUCUAGCUCAAACUAUUCCGACUUUACAGACGUUUUUGUGAGAACACCUGUACAGAGUUGGUACGCCGAAGAGACCGAUUUCAGACUAAUUUUGUGAAGCUUUUGGCCGUCGUAGAGCAAAAUGGAUGAGACGUUCGUAUUCGUGAGAGUCUCUGCUUUCAAAAUAGUCACUAGCUCAAACCGUUUGGACUUCACAGACGUUUUCAUGAAAAUACCUGUCUCCUGGUCUCACAAACACCAUUGUAAGUCUGUCGUUUUCCACUGCAGAGCCGAACGGACGACACCGGCGCAUGCAGUGGUUUGAGACGCGCAGCCCAUGCAAAACCCCGAAAGCCCCGAAAGAACAAUGAAAAAAAUCUGUGGAACUGGCUUCGAGGUCCAGAGUUGAGUUUGAGGAUAAGGAAUAGGGUGCCAUUUGGGACAUAAACUAAGAUAUUCAUGCACUUAGUAUGUGCUCCGACUGAAAUUAAGUGCUGCAUGAUUAUCGAUCUAAGAGAGAAUGAUACUAAAGUAGUGAUGAGAAUAAAUACUUUGACUUCAAAGCAUUCUGAAGGGCCUCUUUUCAUUUCAAAGGUCUGAUACUGUCUGGUUUAAUUAUUCUGUUGGUAUGAUUAAAAGGAGACCAAUUUACAGUAUGAUUUCCUCUUAUCAGAAAAAUGUAUUCACAGGAUGAUGAUAAGCUUUUACUCUGUCAAUGGCAGACGUAGUCUAUGAGUCAAACUAAAAUUGUAACAUGCACAUUGCAUUGUUGGAGACCCUGAAAAUGUUUUAUCAAUACCUUCAGUGUGUGUGUGUGUGUUUGUGUGCUUGUAGAUCUUCCCAUUGUAUCUUCCCCCAGGACUGAACAUGUGUUUGCCCCUGCUGCCUCUCCUCUCCUCCUAGGUACAUGGCCAUCAUCCACCCCCUGCAGCAGCGCAUGUCAUCCACAGAGACCAAGGUGAUCGUGGGGGUGAUCUGGGUGCUGGCUCUGCUUCUGGCCUUCCCUCAGUACUACUACUCAGUGACCGAGGAGCUGCCUGGACGAAUCAUCUGCUACAUCGAGUGGCCCGAAUACACAGGCUGCGACUACAAAAUUAUGUGA